CCGAGAUGUUCAUGAUCAUUCGAGAGGGAUCUGCCGCCGGAGGAGGCGGUACCGGAGCCAUGACUGCACCACAGGAGAAAACCGCAAAGCAGGUGCAGGCGGCCAUCAAGAGAAACGUGGAGAAGCAGAAGAAGAGAACCGGCGAGCAGGGGGGCGGGGCCACGGAGGGCCAAGCCGGCGGGCCGAGGCAUGCUCGCAGCCAGAGACCCGUCCAGGUUGCCCUCAGCGGGGCAGGAGAAGAGACGAGGGAGCUGGAGGAAAAGCUGGAGGAGAUGAUGGGAGGAGCGCAGCAGCUGGAGAAUGAGCGCGAGAGGGAGAACGAGCCCACGGACCUGCUGCCUAUUGUGGACUCCGUGUUCGGACAGGACAGAGAGCUGAGACCAGAAGAGAUUGAAGAGCUCCGCGAAGUGUUUGUGGAGUUUGAUAAGAACAAGGAUGGCUACAUCAGCCACAAGGACCUGGGGGAGUGUAUGAGGACCAUGGGCUACAUGCCUACUGAGAUGGAACUCAUUGCACUGAGCCAGCAGAUCUGUGGCGGUAAAUUGGACUUUGAGGACUUUGUGGAGCUGAUGGGCCCCAAAAUGCUGGCAGAGACAGCUGACAUGAUUGGAGUCAAAGAACUACGAGAUGCAUUCAAAGAGUUUGACUCCAACGGCGAUGGCCAAAUAAGUAUUACUGAGCUGCGGGAGGCCAUGAAGAAGCUGAUGGGAGAACAGCUUACCCACAGAGAAAUAGACGAGAUCCUCCGGGAUGUCGACCUCAACGGCGAUGGCCUUGUGGAUUUUGAGGAAUUUGUGCGAAUGAUGUCCCGCUGACAUGUCCAGAUGUCCAAAUGGGAGAGCUGUGUGCAGGAGACGGACGAAAACAGAGACGUUACGUAACCGCUGGAUAAGGGACCUCAUUACGUUGUAGUGAACAUUCUUUAUCUGCUCUCAUGAGCAUGCAUUUUAUAAUAGUGUUUUUCUAAACACACAGAUGUAUAUAUUGCUGUGAAUAAACAAGAGGUAAUGAUGUGUUUGGGCUACACAGCACACAAAAUUACACAAAUUUGAAGUCAGAUGCUGCAAGCACAGAGGGUAUUUGAACCGCUUAAAAAAGAGCAUAUCUUAAGCAUCAUUGACUAGGCCUACAUU